CCUCUCUACACGGCUUUUCGUUUUAAGUGCCUCUCUACUCUGCGCCAGUAUCAUGGCAUUCGGCAUUUUAUACGCCCCUGAUGCACUCUACUCGCCAAAUUUAUCUACCUACUGAAAUAGUUGUGCAAAUCGUCCGCUUUGUGGCUGCAGAUGAAGCCCACCGUCAAGAGGCGCUGUACGCAUGCUGCUUAGUAUCGCAUCAGUGGUAUUCCGCAGCCGUCUCCUUUCUGUAUGAAAAGCCCCGGCUACAUAUCGGAAACUCUUUCCAGCAGUUUGUAUCAACUUGCUCAGGAGUCGGUGGACGGAGGAAUAAAUUGAAUCUGGGAAGUUUUGUCCGCCGCCUGGAUCUCAGUCGCCUGGUGCACCAUAGCUCCAACAGCGUGACUGCUAGACUGCUUGGUCGAGUCAAGGAGAACCUGGAAGUUUUCCUGGCUCCAAGAGUGUCAUUUGCUGUCAACAGCCUUCCUGCUCUGUCAAAAUGCACGAAUCUCCGUUAUCUUGAUCUUUCUCUGGUUGCGGAUCCGAUUCCCUUCGCCAAUCUCAAGAAAGCGUUAAGUCGUCUGCCGCGACUACGUACCCUUCGACUUCCCCGUUCAACCAAUCUCGAUGUCCCGGACUCAUCACGAACAGAAUGGCCUCCUCUCCUUCAUAAACUGCAACUGAGCGGUCACUUCUCAGCCACCACGAUCCCCUCAUUUUCCUGGCCGCCUGCUCUCACCAGCUUGACUUUGAAGAAUUGCACGGAUUUGUCGGUGACGAGCAUUGCCUGCUUGCUCAGUAGUCCGCAGCUGAGCGAGACUCUAAAGGACCUUACAAUAUCCUAUGCAAAUCGUGGGCUUGAGCCUGGGUCUAUCAACGCUGUGACAGCAUUCCUACCCAACCUGACAUAUCUAAGUGUCCCCGGCGAUAUGGUAGAUGAGACAUUCUUCGAUGUUCUAUACUUCCUGUCGCCUCCUUUGGCUCUUGAAGUGCUCGAGUUCGACAUGCCUCACUUGGACCCAGUACUCCAUUUUGAAACGGCAUCCUUAAUCAUGGCGCUGGACAAAGGCCUGAGUAACGUCUGUUCCGUCGGGUUUUCGGAUAUAUUCUGCACCGACCAGCGCAUUGUCGAAGACGAAGAAGUUGACGAUGUCCUUCAUAAACAUGCUAAGCAGAGAGCUGAACAAGGUGCGCCGACCGCGGUGGACGAAUCUGAAGUCGGAGUAUAUUACAUGUGACUGGCAUGGCUCGGAUUCUAUGAGAUUACAUCUACACGCCGCAGACGACCAUGAUAAUGACUUUUGACCCUGGUACACAGUUACCUCCAUGAUAACAAAAGUGACUUUCGCCAGUGUGAACUUACAGCAUAUCUCUUUACAUUUUAUCCACGUCAUGUACUCUAGACACAGUUGCUUCACAGCUAGAAUGAAUAUAUCAAUAAUAAUGUAUUGCC